AUGGCAACCUCAUUCCCGGAAUUUGGCCGCCUCCCGCCCGAGAUCCGCCGCAUCAUCUGGACUUUCACGCUCCGGGACGGCCCCACGCUCUGCCUCUUCGGUUGGCGAUGGUACGUCCAGUUCAUUGACUUGUACAACGAGGUGGAGGAAUCUGAAGGCGUCGAUCGUCGCCCGUAUGUCGAGGUUCCAAUGCCCGCUGCUCUCUUCGUCUGUCGCGAGGCCCGCGAAGCCGCCCACGCGUGGAUGGCGGCGCGCAACGUGACGAUGCGCUUCCGAGACGAGACACAAGGCCACAUCCUGGUGCGCGAGUGGGAUCCCGAACAAGACCCGGUGUACGUGCCGCGCAACAAGUGGGAGGAUUUUAGCAACCUGGAGGAAGAGUGGGACAAAGAGUGGGAAAACGGCUCCGCGGAGCUGGGCGCUGCUAUCAGACACCUCGCCGUGCCGGCCUUUACAGGAUACUUCAGCAUCCCGACGCUCUCGAGCCUCCUCGACUGGAUGCCGAACCUGCGCAGCCUGUACAUCGUCUGGGGCGAGCUGCCCGACAUGCGCAAGUCCAAGGGCGCGCAGCCGGAGGGCAUGCUGUUCGACGUGGAGGUGCAGCCGCGAUGGGAGAUGGAGAACGAGGACAGCGAGGUCACGAGCAUGUGCGUUGUAGAUCCGGACGAUGGCGAGGUGUCGUGGGAAGAGGUCGACAUGAAGGACUUUUGUGACGAGAUUGAGCAGCAGUGGGCGCUCAGCGAGGUGUCAGAGACGUUUCUGACUGACCUGGGGGAGGUGAAGCUGGAGAUGGUGCAUGUGAGGGUGAAGGAGGUGGGAGUUGGUGGCAAGAAGGCAGUUGUUGGGGAUUCAUGA